UGUAAACCUUACUAUUACAGAGAGAUAAUAUUAACAUAAUAAAUAGUUUAGAAGCCUUAUACGGCUUCAAAAUUGUUAAAAAGACAUUGUUUUGGAUACCUAUAUUUUCUGUUACAUAAAAAUGUUUUAAUUACUGUACGUUUGCUCCGAGGAAGGAGCAUUUUAAAAAUCAAAUAAAGUGCAUACGUGUGGUAAGUGCGUUUUAAAGAUCAAAUAAAGUUUCAUGUUUUAUAGAUAAGACAGAAUUUAAAAAAUUAAUCAAAAUAACUUUUAAACGCGCCGUAAAAAAAAGGUUAAUUGGAUUUUCAUAUAUCAUGAAAAUCCAAUUAAAUAUUUUGCAUUGCAUUUUAGUUAUAUAACUAAUACGCUAAAUGCUAUUAAAUUUAUUAAGAUUAAUGGCUUCAAAAACAUACACGCAUGCAAAAACGCUUGAUCCUUGUGACGUAUUGAUUAAACAUUGGUAUAUGUAAUAGUUAUUCCGCAAUAAUUUCAUUAUUGCGGAAUAACUAAGUUUUGCAUUACACUUAUCAAUGAUAUCAUUAACAAAAAUUUUUAAAAAUGUUGCCCUGCUCCAGGGUAAGUUACAAAAGUGAACAGAUUAGGUUGCAACACAACACUACGAAAUUAUAAGCCUUGCAAAGUUUUCUUCUAGUUUCUUCAAUAUUGUUUUACAUAAAUAUUUAUAUUUAUAAUAAAGAAAAAACAGAAAAUAUCCGCAAACUUAAAAGUAUUUUCAUGGAAUAUUUAUUAUGCAAUAUUUUACAAAAGCCAGUUGAAUUGCUCAAAUUGAUGUUACUUAUUCAUCAAUGACAUGAUUUGCAGCCUCUAUUACCAAUGUUCAUGGAAAGAGUCCAGUUUCAGGUUUUCUCUCUUGAGCACUCUACUCGAGUUCGUCUAGAAAAUGGAAAAAAUAAAUUUAAGAUAUUAAGAUAUAUAAUGGUGGUCAAUUUGAUGUUACUAUGGGGGCUUAUGACGGUGCUGAAGUUUGGGAGUUAUUAGGAAUUUUUUCAAAUUUCUUUACAUUAAAAAAAAGAAAAUGUUGGUUUGUAUCGUGAUGACGGUCUAGAAAUAUUUAAGAACAUCAAUGGCCAGCAGAUGGAAAAAAUCAAGAAACAUUUUGUAAAAAUUUUUCAAAGUAAUGAUUUUUGUAUAUCUAUCCAAUGCAAUAUGAAAAUUGUAAAUUAUCUUAAUGUGACACUCGAUCUUAAUAGCAACUCUUUUCGACCUUACGCUAAACCCGAUAAUGAACUGAUAUAUGUCCACUGUGAUUCCAACCACCCGCCUAAUGUUAUUAAAAGACUCCAACGUACUGGUGAAAUAAGAUUAUCUACAACGUCAUCAAAUGAAGUUGUUUUUAAUAAUACUACACCAUCUUACGAAGAGGCUUUUAAAAAAGCUGGUUAUAACUGUAAGCUUACAUACCAACCCCAGGUUACAUCACCUAAAAAUAAAAAUCGCAAGCGAAAUAUUAUAUGGUAUAACCCUCCGUUUAGUCUAAAUGUAGAAACAAAAAUAGGAAAUCGUUUAUUAGCAUUGGUUGACCUACAUUUUCCUGUCAAUCGCAAACUACGCAAAAUAUUCAAUAGAAAUUCGAUCAAGGUUAGUUAUAGCUGCAUGCAAAAUAUUAAAUGCAUCAUUAGUUCACACAACCACAAGAUUUUACAAAGUAAAAGAAAUAUAACUACAAAAACAUGCAACUGUAUUACUAAAACCGCUUGUCCAUUAAGUAACCAAUGUUUAGUAAGUAAUAUUGUUUACCAAGCCACUGUGAGUUCUAAUGAUCCAGAUCCUAAGGAAAAAGUAUAUUUUGGUAUCAGUGAGACACCAUUCAAGCUCAGAUACGCAAAUCAUUUUAAGUCUUUUAAUGCGAUCAAAUAUAAAAAUGAUACUGAACUUUCAAAAGAAAUUUGGAGUUUAAAAGAAAAAGGUACAACACCUAUUAUAAAGUGGAAAGUUAUAAAACGCUGUGAAGCUUACAAACCAGAAACAAAAGCCUGCAAACUUUGUCUUCAUGAUAAAUUAGAAAUUUUAUCUUUUAAUGGAAACAACCUGCUUAAUAAAAAAGACGAAAUAUUAUCUAAAUGUCGACAUUUAAAUAAAUUCCUGUUAUCUUCGAUUGCGCCUUUUCAAAUUACGUCAGAACUCGUUCUACCGUAAAAUUUUGAUUCGUUUUUUAAACGUUAAUUUACGUUUUUAAUUUUUAAUUUGUAAUUAAUAGCUGAUGAUUGCCGAAA